CGUUGCCGCUAGCUGUUUGCUGCAAAUUUGGAGAAUUCCCAUAAUGUUGUCGAUUAGAUUUAUGGAAGAUGAGGAAGUGAAGAAGGUGGAACCGGAAACGCUGUCGUCUCCACCUCUGGCUGCGGUUGAUCGUGUGCAAAGAAGCUUAAACGAAGUCGCAGAGGAGGAGAAAGUUGUGGUUCAAAUACCACCAGAAUCCAAAGUUAUGGUUGCUGUAGUACAGAAGACUCCAAAGCCUGCGGUGAAGAAAGCUUCGAAGGGUUCAAUUGAUAGAGAUAUUGCUCUCUCAGAGAUCGAGAUGGAAAAAAGGUUGUCUUUUGUCAACGCCUGGGAAGAGAGCGAAAAAAUUAAGGCACAGAACAAGGCUCAAAAGAAGUUCUCUGCUAUAGCUGCAUGGGAAAACAGCAAGAUUGCAUCAGUGGAAGCCAAUCUACGAAAAAUUGAGGCGACAUUAGAGAAGUUGAAGGCAGACUACAGAGAGAAAAUGAACAACAAAGCCGCUUUGAUUCAUAAGCAAGCAGAAGAAAAGAGAGCAAUGAUUGAAGCUAGACUCAAGGAAGAUUUUCUCAAGAUAGAGGAGAUGGCUGCAAAAUAUCGUGCUACUACUGGGUACCCUCCAAAAAAGCAGCGAUUUGGCUGCUUUUGAGUUUCAGAUCUAAAGACAUUGGAAUAAAGCAUUAGAUGCAAUUCCUGGUUUUCAUGUGUAUAUUUUACUUUCUUUGUUCAUUUAAGUGUCUUUUUCUUCUGUCUGCAGAUUGGAAAAUCAGCAAAGUAGUUAUUUUUAUUUUGCUUGUAUAGAAGUAGCAUGUGUGAUUUGAGGAACGAGCUGUUUCUUUUUCAUCUAUGAUCAAAAGGCAUAUUUAUUUGA